UUGCACAGAGAUAACCAGCGAUUAGUAUGCUGGUUUUGUGUCUUGCUCGAGAAAAGUCCAACAGAUAUGGACACACAACCUGCGACCUUGGACAGUUUAAGGCUUGAGUGUCUGAAAAGAAGUACAACCUGAUUCUGCAUUCCAGUCGGCCCAGCGACAGGUUAAUCAUCAUCUGCUGAAAACAUCCCAACUUAACAACGGUGGGGUUACGACAGGAUCCAGCAGGAGGAAAAAGAAAAAGGACGACAACAAGCGAAAAGGAAGAAUAAAAGAAAGAAAGAAAGACAUAGAAUGAUGAAGAGGUUGAGCAAAACCCUGUGGAACUAUCGCAGCAUCUGUCUGAUUGUCCUUACACCGCUGCUGCUGCUUCCUCUUCCUGUUGUCGUCAGUACAAAGCAGGCAGAAUGUGCGUUUGUGCUGCUACUGAUGGCGACAUACUGGGUGACAGAGGUGAUUCCUCUGUCCAUGACUGCCAUGCUCCCCGCCAUCCUUUUCCCUAUGUUUGGCAUCAUGAAUUCCUCUGGCGUGGCAAAAGAGUACUUUAAAGACUUCCAUUUCUUGCUGGUAGGCGUCACCUGUCUUGCCACAUCCAUUGAGAAAUGGGGUCUCCACCGCAGAAUUGCCCUAAGGCUUGUCACCAUGGUGGGGGUUAACCCUGCAUGGUUGAUGUUGGGCUUCAUGUCUGGUUGUGCCUUCCUAUCCAUGUGGGUCCAAAACACCUCAGCUGUUAUGAUGAUGAUGCCCAUCGUAGAGGCUGUUCUGCAGCAAAUCCUGGGGGCCAAGGGUUAUGCCGGUGAAGACAACCCUAACCUACAACUGGAUGAAAUUGACGACCAUAUUGAAAAGAUGAAUAAAAACUUAAGUGACAGGGAGGAUCCAGAUGGUCCUGAAGAAACUUUCAUUUGUGUUCAGAUACAGCCAGUGCCAGAGCCUGCUGCAGCUCUGGCUGCAGAGUGCACGCCUGUGACUCCCAGCAGGACUCAGCAGGACCUCAUGACGUGUAAAGCCAUGUGCAUCGCCAUCGCCUACUCCUCCAACAUCGGCGGCAUUGCCACGCUGCCGGGAACCUCGCCCAACCUCAUUUUCUCCGAGUACCUCAACCAGAUUUACCCAAAAUGCAACUGCAUAAACUUUGGGAAGUGGCUCUUGUUGUGCCUGCCCAUCAGUGUCAUCAUGCUGUUGCUGACAUGGAUGUGGCUGUACUGGCUCUUCAUUGGCUCAGACUUCAAGUUCCUGUGGCGAUGUGGAGGGGAGCGGUCUGAGAAAGAGAAUGCUGCAAGAAAAGUGAUAGAAGACGAUUACAAGUUUCUGGGACCCAUGAGCUCUCAGGAGAUCUUCACUGCAGUGGUUUUUCUGAUGAUGGUCUUGUUGUGGUUGACUAGAUCUCCAGGGUUCAUGUCGGGCUGGGCUUCUCUCUUCCCCCAUCACUCAAGCUACAUCACUGAUGCCACUGUAGCUCUGCUGCUGGGUCUCUCCUUUUUCAUCAUACCUGCCCACGGACCCUCCAGAAAAUAUGAGGCCCUGAUCUCCUGGAAAGAGUUCCAGGCCUUGAUGCCAUGGAAAGUGGCCCUGCUGGUCGGUGGAGGCUUCGCACUCGCUGAAGGCACAAAGGAGUCAGGCCUGUCUUUGUGGGUGGCUGAGCUGCUGACACCUCUGGGUGAUCUGCCAGACUUGGCCACCAUCGUUGUCGCCUGCAUCAUCGUCACCACGGUAACAGAGGUGGCCAGCAACGCCGCCACUAUCACCAUCUUCCUCCCCAUCCUCUCACCUCUGGCUGAAGCCAUCCACGUCAAUCCACUGUACGUCCUGAUACCCACCACCCUGUGCACAUCCUUCUCCUUUUUACUGCCAGUGUCCAACCCGCCUAACGCCGUCGUGUUUGCCUAUGGACACAUCAACAUCAUGGACAUGGUGAAGGCGGGGCUUGGCGUUAACGUGAUUGGCGUGCUUGCCGUGCUGUUGGCUGUGGUGACAUGGGGAGUUCCACUAUUCUCUCUGGAUACGUACCCUGACUGGGCACCGGUCCUUCCCGGUUUUAACUCCACCACACCCUGACGAUGGGUCCCCAGGCAUGGUUCCGAAUGUGAGCCUCCUGAACCUUUAUGGACCUCUAAAGGGAGACAUAGGUUAAUGUGUUUUACUUCCUGAAAGAUGAGAGUGUAUAUAUUCUUCUGUGUUCGUUUCUCUCCACCAACAGCACAUGCAAACAUUUCCUAUUUCAAGACGGAUAGUCCUCUUAAACCAGGUGGUAGAUAAAAUUCAUAUUUUUAUCUGCAAGUCACUAUGAUUUAAAGAUACAUCUGGUGUUAUUUUUAAAUUUUCUUGCUGUCAACAAGAAACCAACAGAGCUAUCAAAUUUUUCUGUGCCAUAACGCACUAACCCUUAACCUAUCGUUGACUUUUUUUGUUUGGUCCAUGUUCCAACUGCUAACAUAGAGGAGCAGGGUUUAUGCCCUAUACUGCAGCCAGCCACGACAGAGCUAUCAUAAUGUUUGGGCUUCACUUUUGGGAGCUGUUAUGUCGUCCAUUUUUACAGUCAUUGCCAUGAACACACACACUGUAUCUUAUUUUGACUAAAUCCCACAUUCACUCUCCUGCUGCUUGAAAAAAAAUGACUUGAGCAACAAUCAAAUGAUGGUAAAUGGACUGUAUUUAUAUAGCGCUUUUCUAGUCAUAUAGACCACUCAAAGCGCUUUACAGGAAAGUCACAUCCACCCAUUCACUCACAUUCAUACAGCGGUGCUAUACGGUAUAUAUAUACGGAUAUACGGUCCUCUCACACACGCACACACACACACACACACACCAGUCCAGUUUAGGUCAGCUCGCUCCAGGCUGCCGCGCGGAUGCCGGUGUAGGUGAAGCGCGUGUUGGCUCCGUUCGGCGGGGUGUGACCAUUCUGCUCGGGGGACGCGGGCGCCGCCCUCGCUCAUACACUGUCGGAAGAGCCGUCAGAGGCAAGUUAGGGUUAAGUGUCUUGCCCAAGGACACAACGGCAUGUGUACUGGCGGAAGCUGGGAUCGGACCAACCUUCGGGUUGGUGGACAAACAACUCUACGUCCUGAACCACAGCCGCCCUCAAUGUCAUGUACCCUGAUGUCAUGUACUGUGAAAGGUGCCCCUUAAAUAGAUUUGGUUUAACAGCUCAUUUUCUGUAUAAUUCUCUCUUCUUAGAUACCACCUGGUAAAGAAAGUGAAACCUCUAGCAGUGAAAGAGAGAGAAAUUCUUUUUCAGGAGUUGGUGGAGACUUAAGCAGAGCUGAAGAGCUGAAGCGAGAGUGAAUAGUAGUCUUACUGUACAUUCCUCAGGUGAACCUAAAUACACAUGAUCAUGUUGCUCUGGUCUGCUGGGUUUGUAAACUCAAUUUGUUGCUAAAACUAAUUUACAAGCUGAUGAAAUGUCAGAUGUGGUGCUUUUAGCUCGUUCUGAUUGCCCCCAAGUGGCCAAAUGAAGUCCUUUUUUUUCUUAUGUAUUUUUAAUGAAUUUAUUAGUGCUGCAAAAUUGGAAAACGUAAAACCUGUUCCUCACUGGGUGUUCCCUGGUUGUAAAUAAAGUUUGAUUGAAAGUGAAUAAAUGCACACAAAUGGCAGCAAUGUGCUAGACCCUCACUAUGACACCGUACAGUAUAAUUAUUAUAAAUCUUAAAGCUGGAUUUUGGCAUAUGGUUUUGGUCCCAAUGGCUAAUCCUCCCCUUCAUGACAACUGUGGGGGAGGAUUUCACAGUUUGAAAUUCUGCAUAAUUAGGGGCGUGGAUACUUGAGUGACAGGUGACGCCGCUGUUUGGAAGCCGCUCGGGGGCAGCUAGCCGCUGGCAGCACUAGCUGUCACCUGAGCUAAUCCCCAGGCAGAACUGAACUCGGACUCAUCAAUUCAGCAUUGACCCCAGGUUCUUCACAUAUGGUUUGUGAAUAACUUAAUGGUCAUAUUUUUCCCAAGUGAAACAUGAGAACAAUGGUGC